GGGCGGACCAGUCAUCCAAUCAUUGCUGCUGCUACAGUAGUGGAUCUGUUUCUGUCAUCCCUCCUUUCACUCCUCCCCAUGGCUCGCUGAAUCAGCCUCCCAUUUUUCCACUUACACACAAAGAAGAGCUGCUGUUUGGAUGAAAAUCCUUUGGUGGAUUGUACUGGAUUGUUUUUUUCAACGUAUACAAAGAGAUGAAUAUAUGAUCUAUGAAGAUUUGGGAUUAAAAUAAAGGGAUUACAUGACACCACUUGUGCAGGAAAGAAUUUAAAGAUAUGGACUUCCGAAGAUCUUUAUUGGCUUGGAAUUGGCAAGUAGUGUGUAUCUGUUUCCUUUGUAGCUGGGGCUGGGUCUCUGGGCAGCUUCGUUAUUCUAUUCUGGAAGAGUCAGAGCCAGGGACACUAAUUGGGAAUAUAGCUCAGGAUCUGGGGAUUAAAAAAGCAGAUAUUCUACAACGCAGACUGAAUUUGGGAUCUGGAGAAAAAAAUAAAUAUUUUAAUUUAAAUAAAGCAAAUGGAGCAUUGUCGGUAAAUGAGAGGAUUGAUAGAGAAAGUCUGUGUGAAUCCAUUUUAAGCUGUGUAUUGGAGAUAAAUGUAGUUACUGAAAAUCAUUUAGAGCUAUAUAAUUUAGAAAUAGAGAUCUUGGAUAUAAAUGAUAAUUCACCCACUUUUUUAAUAACUAAUCGUAUUUUUAAAAUUACAGAGCUGGUAACCAGCCCUGGUGUUCGAUUUCCUUUAGAUAUUGCACAGGAUUUAGAUGUUGGUGUAAAUGAUAUUAAACAAUACACAUUAAAUCCAAACCCCUAUUUUUCUUUGUCUGUGAAGAAUCGUAAAGAUGGAACUCUCAUUCCUCAGUUGAUAUUAGAGAAGAUAUUAGAUAGGGAGGAAAAAAGAGAACAUAAACUAGUUCUUACAGCUACCGAUGGAGGGGAGCCAGUUAGAUCAGGUUCCUGUCAAAUAACAAUAAAAGUAUUAGAUAUUAAUGAUAAUCCACCAGUGUUUGAUCAGUCAAUUUAUAAAAUCAGUUUGAAGGAAAAUAUCCCAUUGAAGACAGCUAUUAUAAGCGUAAAUGCCACUGAUUUGGAUGAAGGACCAAAUGCUGAUGUUGAAUAUUAUUUUGAUUAUCACACAUCUGAUUCUGCAAGAAAAUUAUUUGACUUGAACACAAAGACUGGGGAAAUCUAUAUAAAUGGGAUUGUGGAUUUUGAGGAUAAUUUUUUUUAUGAGUUAUCUGUUAGAGCAGAAGACAAAGGAUCUCCCAAACUAGAGGGGAGCUGUCUAAUCCAAGUGGAAAUAGAAGAUGUUAAUGAUAACUCCCCAGAAAUUACAUUUUCCUCAAUAAUAACUGAAAUAGCAGAGAAUGCUCCACUGGGAACUGUUGUCGGAUUAGUAAGUGUGACAGACAAGGAUUCUGGUAGGAAUGGAGAGGUACAUAUAAAUGUAUCUCCAAAUUUACCAUUCAAAAUUAAACCCUUUCAAAACCGCUUUUCAGUGGUCACUGAUGGUUAUCUAGAUAGAGAAACAUUGUCUCAAUAUAUUAUUGAGCUUGUUGCUUCUGAUUUAGGGACUCCUGCUCUGCAUACUCAUACCUCAAUACUACUGCAUGUUUCAGACGUUAAUGAUAAUUCUCCUAUUUUUUCCCAAUCUAUGUACAAUGUUUUUGUUAAAGAAAACAAUGACCCUGGUACUUUUCUCACUACUGUGUCAGCAUCUGAUAUAGAUGAAGGAAUUAAUGCAGAGCUUAUUUACUCUAUUGUUGAAAGCUCCAUAGAAGGUUCUUCGGUUUCUUCUUACAUUUACAUUAACCCCAGUAAUGGUAAUAUAUAUGCUCAACGUUCCUUUGACUAUGAGCAAAUUCAAGUUUUCCAAAUCACAGUUAGAGUAGCAGAUUCAGGAUCUCCAAAAUUACUUUCCAAUGCUUCAAUAUGUAUAUUUAUACUGGAUGCCAAUGACAACUAUCCACAAGUAAUUAAUCAUGAUAUCUCUGGAGAAGUGGUAUUUCAAGAAAAAAUUCCCAAAUCAGCUACUGCUGGUUAUUUGGCCACAAAAAUAUCUGCUGUGGAUAAAGACUCUGGCCAUAAUGCUUGGUUACAGUUUAGUCUUCUUGAGCCUGCCAAUUCCUCUUUAUUUCAAAUGUCUCUUUUUACUGGAGAAAUCAGAACUGUUCGGAAUUUCCAUGAGGCUGAUAAUACAGAGCAGCAACUUGUGAUUUUAAUAAGUGACCAUGGAGAUCCACCAUUGUCAUCUACAGUCACUGUACUGUUAAAUAUAGCAGACAAUGCCUUUAUUGAAAACCACAAAACACAGGAUUCACCUUUAAGUUCCAAACCACCAUCAGAUUUGACCUUGUACCUAAUUGUUUCUCUAGUGGCCAUUAGCUUGGUUUCCAUUCUCACAUUUAUAAUAUUGCUUGUGAAGUGUUUAAGAAAGGAAGACAGUUACAACAGUUCUAGCUGCUGCUCGCUCUGCAGACCGCAAUCCAAGCUUUACACAGAACAGUAUAAACCAACACUUUACCUCAACACAGACGGAACUUUAAAAUACAUGGAAGUGAGGAUGGUUCCACCAGAAGCUCAAGGACAAUGUUAUCAAACCUGCCUUCCAUUAGUACCAGACCAGCCAGAUUUCACCUUCAUGAAAUCUCAGAAUAUUCCUCACUUGACUGAUGAACCCAAUUCACAGCCUGAGACAGGCUGGUUAAGUGAUCCAAGUCAGCAGGCGCAACCUAACACAGAGUGGCGUUUCUCGCAGGCUCAAAGACCAGGCCCUAGUGGAGCUCAGCCCACAGAGGAGGCUGGAGUGUGGCCAAACAACCAGUUUGAAACUGAGAGACUUCAAGCAAUGAUCUUGGCAUCAGCAAAUGAGGCAGCAGAAGGAACAUCAGGACUUGGAGGAGGAACAGGUACUAUGGGUCUUAGUGCUCGUUAUGGGCCACAAUUCACCCUGCAGCAUGUUCCAGACUACCGUCAAAAUGUCUACAUCCCAGGAAGCACAUUAACACCCACCAAUGGUGCUGGGAAACGUGAAGGAAAAGCAUCUGGUAACAAGAAGAAAUCUGGAAAAAAGGAGAAGAAAUAAUCAGCAAAAUGUAUAGCUUUAGAUCGACAGGGCAGAAAUAUUUGAAUAACUUCACAAAUUAAACCCAAGAGGGGAAGUUGAAUGUCAUCUAUGGAUUGAAAUGUAAUAUAAAAAAAUAAAAAAAGAUUAAAACAAAAUUAUUUAAGAGAAUGUAUCAUCAUCAGGACUACAAGCAGAAUUUUCCUUAAUUUCACAGAUUUUUUUUUCUGCUAUUAGGACUCAUGAUGAAAGCAUUCCUUUAAACCUCUUAAACAAGUGCCCUGUGUAUAUGCGCUAAUGUUUUGUACAAGUGCAGAGUAAUUUCAUAGCUAACAAUAUGCACUCUUUUUACAAACUGUAAAAAAUUUGAUUUGUUCCCAAAUGCACACCUGUGGAACUUCUUCCAGUGUAAAUAAUUGCAGCUAAAUAGAUAUUUAUAAUUUAUAUGCAUUCAGGUAUUUGCAAAAUACUCCUAGCCUGUAAUCCAUUUUCCAAAUUUUUGUCAUUUUGUUAUUUUAAGAACGUAUUACUGGCAGUACUCAAAGAAAAACUUUUAGAUUUUUCAAAUAUGGCUGAGUAACAGUGGCUUAGCUAAGAAAACGAAAAACAGAAAAGUAAAAAAAAAACGUGUUUUUUUUAUUUUUUUUAAAGGCUUGCAAGCAAAUUGUAUAUAAACAAAAGAAUGGAAUAAGCAGCAUUCAAUCUGCAUGCCCGGAGAGGUAUUGAUCUUGGGUAAUGGAUAUAUUUGAGUAUAUACAGCUUAAAUAAAUCAACAUUUUGGGAGAUAUGUACUAUGGGCACACAAGAAUGGGAAGAAACAUGUUGCCAUAUGAAGUCCUAUUAAAACAUCAAGAUUGACUUUGCAUUCUUUAGCAUACAUGCUUAAUUAAACAAUAAGCAAUUAGAGAAAGAGAAAUAUCUCUAAUUAUCACAUCUGAACACAUUUCUCCCUUUAUAGUGUACAUAAAGCUACUGACAAACAGAAAUAUAAAUUGUGUUGUGCUGUACGUAAGUCAAUACUGUACUUUUGAUUGUUGGUUUGUUUGUUUUUUAUUGUUUUUUUUUUUAAAUAGGAACUUUAUUUUAAGUAAGUAAACCCCUCAUUAUUUCAAUUCUGAAAAUCGACCAUGGAAAAUCAUUUGGAAAGUUCCACUCUCAGAGAAAUUAAUCAAAUUCUUUACACUUCUGCACAUAGAAUUGCAUGUCUAAUUAUCACGUGGUAUCAGCAAUUCCACUUGACAUUGGGACUUUGUUGCAUGUACUUAGCAUGGGGUAAUUCAUUCUUUAUAUAGAAUGGUAAGUAAGUAUGUAAACCUGUUAUAUGCAGGUAAAAACAUUUUUGGAUAGAAACGUAUAGGAGUGAUACAAUGGGGGAGGGGAAAAUGUCAGCGAUAAGCAAACAUAUACACUUUAUAUUAGCUGUGCAGAACAGAAUACAAUGAUCUUAAAA